CGAGUCACUAUUUGCAGCAACCUCCUCGUGGUGUGACUUGGGAAAUUUGUAUUACUAUAUAAGUAAAUCAAAUUUGCUAAUGGCUGCAACGUUUUGGCAUUUUUUCGUGGCCUAACUACAUGAAAUAAAAGUCACUAAGAAUAAACAUUUGUAAUAUAUAAUUUUGUGUAUACUUUUUAUCCUCAAAUAAUUACAUUAUUAUGUCCUAAGUUUUCGUGUAAGUAUGUAUAAGUAAUAUUCAUAAUUAUUAUAAUUCAUUAUAAUAAUUAUUAUAAUUCUUAUAAAUAAUUUACAUACCUCUCCCUAAUCCAUGCAGCGACGAUAGAUUUUGACCGAUUGAAUUCGCGUUCAGCAAAAGAAGUUGUGAUAGUUUGGCGAUAUUAAUGACUUCCAUAUUAAAGGAUCGAAUGAAUGUUAUAAAUAAAAUAGACGGGAUGAUAAGUACCUACGGUGAAUGUAACGGAGAUUCAGAAAGGGGAAAAAUAAGUAUCGAAGUUUGGAAUUCCAUAAUCUUAUCGGUGGCCAAUCCGCUGAUCGAAUUUUAGGAUGGAGAAAUACUAAUUGUUGAUCAGACGACUACACAAUCAAAACGUGCAUCAGGUAGUCAACUAUCUAUUGGGAUGGUGUAUGGAAAGUCGUACUGUGUACUGGUAACGUUAAAAUUGUUAUAUAUAUAUCUUUUUUGUGUUUUUCUAUUUCUUGUAACCUUAACGAUUUGUGUGAAAUCUACAUACAUUGGUAAGUAUCGACAAGGAUAUAUUAUUUAUAGGGAUACAUACAUAUAUGGAAAAUUAGGUAUAUAGACAAGACCGAAAACAAGUGAAUACAUACUUUGUUAAACAUAACCUCGAGUUUUUACGAUUGAGAAAUAAUACAUGUAAUGUGUGGUAUUGUAACUACUAAGUAAAUAUUUAAUUCUUUCUUUGCCUUAUUUGAAUUAAAACAUUUGAUUAUGUUUUAUUAAGCCUUCUUGGAAGGCUUAGAAUAAUUUAUAUGCUUCUGAGCGUUGUUCUAUUCAAUUCAGUCAGGAACAAUUGAGCGAAAUACAGAAUGGAAAUUUCCCAUUAAUAGGAUUUGAUUAAAUUUAUUCAUCAUUUUUCCGCUACGCUUAAAUCGUUUUCACAAAUCUGAUAAUGUAUACAUAUGACCUUAUGACAAUAGCUUUUUGGACGCUUUUGUUUAUUAAAAGUUAGUUUUAGGUAACGUUUAUUUUUCGCUUUAUGACGAUGAUGAUUUUAGUAAAACAUUCAAACUCAAAUUUUAAUAUUUCUGUGCAGUUAUACGUAAAUUUCAUGAAAUCCUUAUUAUAUAAAAACCAGUACUAAAAAAAAUGGUAGAAUAUAUAUUACUAUAACUAUCAUUUUUGUCUUUCCUGCUUCCUAAUAUGAUGUACUUGAUAAUUUUGGUAAUUUAUAAAUGUUAAUACAUUUAUCUCAUUUUACCGUACAUUAUUUUUUUCUUGUAUUGGUCCUAAUUGAUUACCUUGCAUUACAAUUUUAUAUAAGAUUUUGUGCGUAUUAAACUUGCUCGAUUUAACAACUUAUUUUUGCUCUUUUAGAAAAUUGAGUUGUUACGUUGAUAUCAAUAUAAAUCUACCCACAAAGAUAAAAAGAAUUUAAUGCUGGUGAAAAGUGGAAAACAGAAUAGACACAUCAAUUUAGUUAUCGAUGAAAAUAAUCGGCGAUGAGAGAAUUUGUAUGCAUAUCCAAUAACGAAAACGUAAUACUGCGGAAAGGUCGGUUCAUUUGAACGAAUAUCGACCAUAAGAAGAGAAACAGCUACCUAAAUUUCAUUUCAAAGCCAAGAUAAGAAAUUAAAAAAGAUUACAAUAUAAAAUGAAGCUUGAGGGCAAUUGUUCACACGAAGAUAAUACCAAUGAAAUUUUAUUACAACCUAGGAAUGGUUCGGGUAUUCGUCUACAACUUGUACCAACACAACCCAAAACGAUUACGCAUCUACCGAAAAGACCGCCCGUUGAACUAGCAUUCGCAGAUUUAACAUACAGGGUACGAGAAGGCAGCAAAAAUAAUGUAAAGACAAUCUUAAAAUCCGUCAGUGGAAGACUACGAUCUGGAGAACUGACGGCUAUUAUGGGGCCUUCCGGUGCAGGAAAGUCUACUCUUUUAAACAUCCUGACCGGAUAUAAAUCAACAGGUACCGAAGGAAGCAUCACAAUGAAUGGCCAUGAAAGGAAUUUUAGUGCCUUUAGAAAAUUAUCAUGCUACAUUAUGCAAGAUAAUCAACUUCAUGCGAAUUUAACUGUAGCUGAAGCUAUGAAGGUCGCUUCGAACCUUAAACUUGGGUCACAUGUAAGCCAAGCAGAAAAGGAAGAAGUGAUUCAAGAAAUUCUAGAAACACUUGGUCUAUCCGAACAUCGUCGAACUAUGACUUCGAAUUUGAGCGGUGGACAAAAAAAACGGCUUUCUAUUGCGCUUGAAUUAGUCAAUAAUCCUCCGAUAAUGUUUUUCGACGAACCUACUAGUGGUUUGGACUCUUCAUCUUGUUUUCAAUGCAUUUCGCUCUUAAAAACCUUAGCUCGAGGAGGAAGAACAAUAAUAUGUACCAUCCAUCAGCCCAGCGCUAGGCUAUUCGAAAUGUUUGACUCUCUAUACACAUUAGCCGAAGGACAAUGUGUAUAUCAGGGAUCUACGUCGCAGUUAGUGCCAUUCCUUAGAAAUAUCGGACUCAACUGCCCAAGUUAUCACAAUCCAGCCUCUUUCAUUAUCGAAGUAUCGUGCGGAGAAUAUGGUGACAACAUCAGAAAUCUGGUGAACGCUAUAAAGAAUGGAAAAUAUGAUAUUCGAGAAGGAUACCCAUUCCCUGAAAAUAAGUCAGAAGGAUUGAAUAAUGUAUCUAGUGAUUCGUUUUCGAAAGGUGAAGGUCGUGACGAAAACGUUGAAAUGAAAGAUAAAAAUGAUGUUAAUAAUUUGGAAGAAAAGUUUCAAGAGGAUAAAAUAAAGGAGAUAAAUAAUAAAGGAAUUAUCCCAUCUUACGCAACUAACGAUAUUACGAAACAAGUAGAUGUAGUGAUACCGGUUGAUAUGGAGAAAAAGGAUAAUGCUGAAGUAGCCUUACUUGAUGAAUCGAUUGUAAUCACCCCAGAGAGAUACCCCACAUCGGAAUGUCAACAGUUCUGGAUUGUUUUAAAACGAGCUUUACUUUUUAGUCGAAGAGAUUGGACACUUAUGUAUCUUCGACUUUUUGCUCACAUUUUAGUAGGUUUAUUGAUUGGUGCACUUUAUUAUGAUAUUGGGAAUGAUGGUGCUAAAGUACUUAGCAACCUUGGGUUUUUAUUUUUUAAUAUGCUGUUUCUUAUGUAUACGUCUAUGACCAUUACGAUAUUGUCUUUUCCCCUAGAACUACCAGUGCUUUUAAAAGAAAAUUUUAAUAGGUGGUAUUCUCUCAAGGCCUACUAUCUAGCAAUUACCAUAUCAGAUAUACCAUUUCAGGCAAUAUUCUGCAUUAUGUAUGUUACGAUUGUGUAUUUUAUGACAAGUCAACCAACAGAUAUUAUGCGAUUCAGUAUGUUCUUGGGAACAUGUUUACUUAUUUCUUUCGUUGCACAAUCGGUUGGGCUAGUAGUUGGUGCAGCAAUGAAUGUUCAGAACGGCGUAUUCUUGGCACCGGUCAUGUCUGUACCGUUUCUUUUGUUCUCCGGCUUUUUCGUUAGCUUUGACGCUAUUCCAGUAUAUCUUAGAUGGAUUACCUAUCUAAGCUACAUUAGAUAUGGUUUUGAAGGGACUGCUCUGGCCACAUAUUCCUUUGGCAGAGAAAAGCUUAAAUGUUUCCAGGUGUACUGCCACUUUAAAAACCCAGAAACAACGUUGGAGGAAUUAGAUAUGCUUGAUGCUGAUUUCACUCUUGAUAUCCUUGCUUUGCUUUUGAUAUUCGUUGUACUUCGAAUUGCUGCCUAUUUAUUCCUUCGUUGGAAACUAAAGACUGCACGAUAGAUCACUGUACGAUUAUUGUCAAUUUAACGAUGUUAUAGCGUACAACACUUUUCCAAAUGGACGCUACAGAUUAAAAUAAUGCAUUUUUUCAUAUGAUCCUACACUACAAAUCCGUGAUCAGCAAUUUUGUUUCUUUUCGACAUCGAAAACUGUUCACAUCAACAAUUUCCAAUCAUCGAAGAGAUCUUAUGUACCGGGAGAAUGAAUUACCACAUACUGUUUAUGCUUAUAAUUGAGGAUGUUAUAAGAUUUAGAUGAACAUAAUUUAUUCUUUGUUAGUUUUACGAUAAUAAUUCUGUGGUAACUAUUGCGGCCAUAAUUAUCUACAUUUUUUGUAUCCAUUUUGUUAUAUAACACAGUAACUUUAAAAAAUGCGCAUGAACAUAUACGAUGAUCUCAAAUUGAUCAUUAGUGUGUGAUCAUUAGUCAAUUUACAAAACGAUAGCUAGGAAAGAGAUUAAAUUUACUGGAUCUGACUAUAAAUGAACACCCACAAAACUCUGCAGUUCUAUAUAUUGAAAAGAGUAAGAGGCCUUAAUGGACGACAUUUCGCGAAUGAUCAUAUUUUUUAUCUGCCUAUGGCUGUGAGUUUAAAAAUGCAGAAAAAUAACACAAAACAAAUACGAUACGGUGUAUCUUUAAUUUUAACGCGGAAGCAUAAAUUGAUGUUUUUCUAUUCAGGAUAAUGUCUGAAAUAGUAAAUACCUUGUCAGGUUUAUCUUAUCAUGUAUCUCAUAUGUUAAAUUUUGGUAAUACGUCCCCAGCAUCAUUGUAUAUUUGAAAACUUAAGAUUUAGAAUAAGUUUACCGAAAUUGUACAUUCACAAUUCUUCCAAUUGAUGUAACUCUUGACUUUAGUGUAUAUCUUUAAAGCGAAUUUACUUUUGUAAAAGUAUAAAUCAAGUAAAAGAAUACAUAGAGUACUUUAAACGCCUUAAGGGAGACAAUUUUGUCAACAGUCCUAGUCUAAAUUCGUUUUUCAAUUUUCAAAGUUUAGGGAUUGUGAUAUCGGUUGUUGAUGCAAAACAUAAAAAUUAAAUUAAACGAAUUAAAACGUUUGGUUUGUAAUAUGUUAGUAAUGUUCACUAACUUGAAAAAUGUACGUUAAUGAAAAAAUCUGUUUAUAUCUAUUUACACAAAUGGGAUAAAUUAUACAUGUUUAUAUAUAAAAUGUUUACGUGAUCGAUUCCGAUCGAUAUACAUGUAUAUAUACAAUACAUAAUAUAUUUUAUAAUAUCGUCAUGCGAAUGCACGCACUUGUGCUGAAUUGACAUAAUAUUCGUUGUAUUUUAUAACGUAUGUUUAUUACAAAUAAAAGUAUGCCUUUCAUAAUA